AUGCCACCCCACACUGGGAGAGCGAAUGGCAGCCUUGAUGAUGAUGACUACGUUGCGCAAGUCCUCGCAAAUGAAGCGCGAGACAGUUCGCUAAAGUACUCUGCCCUGGGGAUGGGUGCUUAUAUGCCGAAGAGGCCUACAGGUGCUGCUCCUAAACCGAAUACGCGAUUCUUGAGACACAUCAUAAAAGAAACAGACAAUCACAAUUCCGCAUUGAAGCGAAAGGAAGAGAGGGAAGCUAGAGAACGAAUGCGACAGCUACGGAACCAGCCAGCUUCUUCAUCAAACGAUUCAAGAAAAGAUCCUCAUAGCCGUCAACCCCGAUCAGACGAUCGCAAAUCGCACAGGGACAGAAAAUACGACCGUGAAGAUAGACAUAACUCCUAUCGGCGAAGGCAUAGAAGCCGCUCGGCUUCGGCGGACAGAGAUCGCUCCCAUCGACAUCGGCGGAGGCGUGAUUCCUACGGCGAGGAUGAAGAUCGACACAGAUCUUCGCGAAGAAGUCGUCGGCACCGUUCCUAUUCCAGGUCGCGCAGUCGAUCCCCGCAAGAGGAUCGAGUAACGAAGUCUCGCAGUCGCCACCAUCGGCAACGGAGGCGCUCGAGGUCACCUUCAAGGUCUCGGUCUCGAUCGCUUAGUUCGAAUGAUAGACGCAAACGUAGAGAUCGUGAGCAAUGUUCCCCAGAGAGGAGUUCUACGAGUAAAGUCAAGGCAUCAUCGCCGCUGCACCCGGUAGCUAUUCAAGAUCAACAGCCAGGAUAUGAAUCAGACCCUCUUGAGGACCUUGUUGGGCCCCUGCCUCCGCAGGCAACUAAUUCUACUGGUGCAGCACCGAUUCGUUCUCGAGGACGGGGUGCCUACAGACCCAACAUGAGCAACAUUGACGCACAUUUCGCCCCGGACUACGACCCUACUUUGGAUGUGCAACUAGAAGAUGACGACGAGAAUGCUAGUGGCAAGCCCAGCCGCCGCCCUGUGGCCGGCCUUAUGACCGGAGAUGAUGAUUGGGAGCUCGCUCUCGAAGCAGUCCGUGACCGAGCCCGUUGGAAGCAAAGAGGCGAGGACAGAUUGCGCGAAGCUGGUUUCGAUGACACUUUUGUGAAGCAGUGGAAAAGCAACACUACGCCUACCACCGGCGAUUCUGAGGGUAGAUUAGAGGAUGUGAAGUGGUCCAAGAAAGGCGAAGGUCGAGAAUGGGACCGCGGAAAGUAUGUCAAUGAGGAUGGGCAUAUUGAUGUUAAGGCUUCUUGGUAG